AUGCCUCCAGAAAUCCGCUCCUCCACUGCCACCAAACGAGAACGGAAAAGACGGGAUGACGAAACGAGGAGUACUGUCUUUUCUAAUCCCCCUGAAAAUGGGUUAAGGAACUGUGGGUAUAGAAAUCUAGAAACAAACGAUAGGUGGAGACUCUCGGGGAUGGGGCGUCCAAUAUCAACGACAGAAAAUGAGAGGGAGGGGGUGGGAUAG